UUUUUCCCCUCCUCUCUGGCUCCCAUCAGACGCAUCAGACUCCUGUGGUCAUAUGACAAAGCUGGGAAAACCUCCUGACUACCCCCCCUCCUCCCCCUGUCAGUCGACUGUUUUCUGUCUGUCGCUGGAUGUGUGUGUGUGUAUAUGUGUGUCCGUUAGCUAGCUGUUAGCUAUCGUCACAAUCAACCGCAGUAACUACGCGACCAUGGCGGACACAGCCAGGGACCCUCCACCGCAGCACACCGACUUCCAUGAGCUUGAGGACGGGGAGGACCUGUUCCCGGAGCCGACUGCCACACUAGAGUCAGAACCAGCCAGUCUACCUGCUGAGGACAUAAGCACCAACUCAAACGGACCAAAACAGGAUUCACUGUUCGAUGAUGAUCCAGAGGACCUGUUUGCAGAGGCCACAGAGGAGGUUUCGUUGGACAGUCCAGAGAGAGACGUCCUGCUGUCUGACGGCCCGUCGCCCGCCAUCACCCCCAUCACCCCUCCCACCUCCGUCCUCACCCCUCGCAUCGGCCUUCACGACGACAUGUUCACACACUCCUCCUUCGACGAGAUUGAAGAGGAGGAGGGCGGCGAUUCAUUCGACAUUCACAUAUCAGUGUCUGACCCUGAGAAAGUGGGUGAUGGGAUGAAUGCGUACAUGGCCUACAAAGUUACGACCAAGACCUCCAUUUCUCUGUUUAAGAGUCAUGAAUUUUCAGUAAAAAGGCGUUUCAGUGAUUUUCUGGGUCUGCACAGUAAACUGGCCUCCAAGUAUCUGCACAUAGGCUACAUCGUCCCCCCUGCGCCGGAAAAAAGCAUUGUGGGGAUGACCAAGGUGAAGGUGGGGAAGGAGGACCAGUCGUCCAACGAGUUUGUGGAGAAGAGGAGGUCGGCACUUGAGAGGUAUUUGAUGAGAACAGUGAAGCUCCCCGUCCUGCUGAAGGAUCCUGACGUCCUGCAGUUUCUGGAGAGCUCAGAGUUACCGCGGGCGGUCAGCACUCAGGCUCUGAGCAGCGCCGGACUUCUCCGGAUGGUCAACAAGGCCGCUGAAGCCGUCAACAAGAUGACCAUCAAGAUGAACGAGUCAGACGCUUGGUUUGAGGAGAAGCAGCAGCAUUUUGAGAAUCUGGAUGUUCAGCUGAGGAAACUUCAUGCCAGCAUGGAGUCCCUGGUCCUUCACAGGAAAGAGCUGUCGGUGAACACGGCGCAGUUCGCCAAGUCGGCGGCCAUGUUGGGGAACAGCGAGGACCACACGGCUCUGUCCCGAGCUCUGUCCCAGCUGGCCGAGGUGGAGGAGAAGAUCGACCAGCUGCACCAGGACCAGGCCAACGCAGACUUCUACCUCUUCUCCGAGUUACUGGGCGACUACGUCCGCCUCAUCACCGCCGUCAAGGGUGUGUUUGACCACCGUAUGAAGACGUGGCAAAAGUGGCAGGACACUCAGAUGCUCCUGCAGAAGAAACGAGAAGCUGAAGCCAAACUGCAGUUCAACAACAAACCAGACAAACUGCAGCAGGCCAAAGACGAGAUCAAAGAGGAGAUUGAGGAGCUGGAGGGGAAGGUCGAGCAGGGAGAGAGAGAAUUUGAACAAAUCUCAAAAACUAUACGCAAAGAAGUCAGCAGGUUUGAGAAAGAGAGAGUGAAGGACUUUAAAACGAUCAUUAUCAAAUACCUGGAGUCACUGGUUCAAACACAACAGCAGCUGAUAAAAUACUGGGAUGCCUUCUUACCCGAGGCCAAGGCCAUCUCAUAGAGUUCACACAAACACAACAGACAGUCCUGACUGGCUCCGGUCAAACUACACUACCCAUAAUGCACCGGUCCUCCUCCUCCUGUUUAUCCCCAGAGGGAAGAAGAGAAGUGAAGGCAGCGAAUCAGCUCCAAGUGACUUUUCUGCAGUUAAGAAAAAUCAACAUCAAACCUCUCUUGAAUUUACACUUCUUCAUCUUUUAUUCCUCUUUUUUUUUCUCUGCUGUGUUGCGUUCACGUCCUGUCAGAGUAAUUGUUCUCUUGAUUGAUGCUUUUACAAUAAUACUGUAAUGUUAACAACAGUCUUGCACUUCUCAUACGAUCUCCUUCUAAGUGUUAUUGAAAUUCAGCAACAUUCAAAAUCGGAGUUCCUGUAUGGGAUUUUGUUUAUAUAAACAUUAAACCUGCGAUGUUAUUUUUAAGCCUGAAGCUCAUAUUCCCGUACGACAUGAACGCAGCAUGAGUUAUGACCCUGGUGAUGGCUUUCCUCUCCAAACAGAUUCGAACAUGGUGUCUGUUUUUACAACUUGGAGGCACUUUGUUCAUUUGUUUUCUUUUUCACCAGACACAAAUGGAAUGGGUGGGUGGAGGAGUCUCACUUUGUACUUUAUUUUUAAUGAUUAACCUCUAUGUUCCUCAACAAAGACAAAUAUCCACAUUCUAAGGUAAAGAAAUUGUAGUUCUCUCCUAACGAGGACUUGAACCCUUGACUUUUUAUUUCAACGGAGCAGAUUUUAUUUCAGCUCAGUAUCUCUGUGUUUGAAACUAGGAAUGUGAAAAUGUUUACCCAUAUUUUAUCCGUAAAUAACAUUUUAACAUUAUAGCAUUUUCAUCCAGCCUUAUCCGUUGUAAUGCUACUAUCAGCAGGUAAACAUGGGGACCACUAACACUCCCAAAACGGACCUUUAAGUUUGACUAUCUGAGUUUGGAACGCGAGCUGUGAAACUGAUCCGGAGUCAGUGAUGAAGGACGACUAACUGCAUCCUCUUUGUUAUUUUGUGUCUUGUACUUCCUGUCACCUCACUCACUUCCCCCUCACUUGCAUUUCAAAACGACCCCCUGUUUUUGUUGCUGUAUGAUCGCAAGUGAAGGCAACGUUUUUUCUCGUUUUCUGCCCUCUUUGAGCCAAUGAGAGCAGAGGAGGAAGAAUCUCGCUUCUUGGUUCAGUUCCCUGCUGCCGUCUCCUAAACAUUGGCAAACUCAGAAAAGUCAUUUCUUUGUUGUUUUUUUUAGAUUGGUCUUGUACCUUGAAAAGCUUAAUUAUUACCCAUAGUUAAUGCGAGUUAUGCAGUUUUUAAUGUAUCAAAGGAUGGAGAGUUUCCCUUAAAAGCACUGACCUCCUUUCCACUUUAAUUAAUAUUUUCCUGUGUUUGGAAAGUAUAACACCAAAACAAAUCCAAUCUAGGUCUAAGCACCCAAACCAGCGCUGUAGAUGCAUUUCAUGAUUUUAUCAACCUUUGCAGGACAAAUGAUGUGCUUGUUAGCAUCUCUAGCGUUUCCACUGCAGCUGAAGGAGACUGAACUGGAGCCAGAAGUGAGAGUGUCGGAGUAUUUUCAGGUGUGGAGGAAGUGAGUGAUUGUCGGGUGACAGAGUGUGUGUCCGUCCAGAGAGCAGCCUCAGAUGGUUUCUCUUCCUAUUGAUCAGUGUGAAGGCUGCAGUUAGAAAUAUUGAACUGCUAAUUUGUUUCUUGAUUUUUAUUUUGUUGGAUUUAAAGCGCACUUCAUUAUCAGAAUAAAAUCUGACAUCCUGAAUCUAUCGGAGAAGCUACAAAUCUCUUAUUAAAGUUGAAAUCAAAACUGGAAUUUUCGUUCAUCCUCAUCCCCCACUACUCCUUAAUCAUAAAUCAUAAAACACUGUAAUGAUUGCGACAUUUUUGUAUUUUAUUCCAUGUUUUAUUCCACAUUUUCUUGCCACCUAAAUGAUGUGCAGUGGUUGAGAACGUUUAGUUGAUUUUAUUUUUUGUUGUUUUCACAAAUGAUGAUGAAAUUCUUUAAUUGAGCAGAUUUUUUUUUUUAAAGAAUUUUGGUUUUGACAUUGCAUUCCUGCAGCGCAGAGCAGAUGUUUCAGAAGUUUAAUUACAAUAAAGGAAUGUAUCUCA